AUGGAAACGCAGAGCAGAGUGAAAAAGGAGACAAAGAAAAAACAUCGACGUCUUCGGAGGAAGAAUGUGACAUUUGAGGACGAGCGAGGAAAAAAAAGCGUGCACACCCAGCGUGGAGCCGACCGCCGAGACGUAGUGAGGAGCGUCUCGCUUCAGGCUGUGGAAAAACUCUGA